AUGACGUCAAUAUCAUAUUAUGGUUUAACUCCAGAGAAUCCAGGAAAUUUUGUUGAUCCGGAUCUUGAACAGACCCUGUUAACGCGUGUACGAGAAUUAUUAGGUUGGCGAUCGGAAGGGUUUCCCGGAAGCCAGCCAGUCAGCUUCGAAGCGUCACAUUUCAGCUAUCUAGAAAACGAAGAUUAUUUUGUAUGUGAGAAAAGCGAUGGUGUACGAUAUAUAAUGUUUACUACCUUUAAUCACAAAGGACCUCGUACAUUUAUGCUCGAUCGAAGAAACCGAAUUCGUAUCGUUCCAAAUCUGAAAUUACCUUGCAAAGAGCAUGGUAAAUAUCACAAUGAAACCAUGAUGGAUGGGGAAUUGGUGUUAGAUGUUGAUGGGGAUAAGAAAAAACUACGAUAUUUAGUGUUUGAUUUAAUGGUUAUCAACGGCGUCUCUGUGACGAAUAAACCUUAUAGCAACCGAUUAGGCGUGUUUCAACAAGAUGUGCAAGCUCCUCUUGCAAAGAUGCUAGAAGAUCGAGAACUGGCAAGGAUACAACCAUUCACAGUAGAAUUAAAAGAAAUGCAACUUUCAUAUGGCUUGACUCGUGUCUUCGAAAAAAUACCGUUCCUUAGACAUGGAAAUGAUGGACUAAUAUUCACCCCUGUAAAACCUCCCUAUGUCUGUGGGGCGUGUGAGAAUAUAUUAAAAUGGAAACCCGCAAAUAAAAAUACUGUUGAUUUCAAAAUACAAGUAAAUUGGAAUAAAGAUAGGAAACCAGGUUACCAAUUGUUGAUAUCUGAUUCAGGCGUACAUAAAACUCAGGAUCAAUUGACACUCGAUUCAGAAUUGGCUGAGCAAUGGAAAAUAGACCCUCCAAAUGGUCGCAUAGCCGAGUUCUGGUGGGAUCCUGACUGGACGACACUCCUCGUUGAUGAAGGCUACGCACCUCAAAAGCGCGCCGGAGGAUGGAGAUUUUUAAGAUUUCGCGAUGACAAAGACACAGCUAACGACAAAGCGGUUUUGAACAAAAUAAUGAACAGUAUCAGAGAUGGUGUUACGCAAGAGAUGCUCGAGAGGAAAUGCGAUAACAUAAGACGUAAAUGGAAAGAACGGGAACGGGAACGGCAGAGCAAACCUAGUCUCUCUCAUUCCACAAUUAACACGUCAUAUGGAACAAUGUCAUCUGCUGGAAGUCGUCAUCAAGAUGUCGUCCAGCCACCGACACCGUCCAUCGCUCAAUCAACGCAAUCGCCCUUUCUUACUUCUCCAACUGCGCUGGGCACCCAAUCUCGCGAGUCAACUUACUUCGACCGAGCACCGUCAUUACUAAAAGACCAUUCUACUGAAGCCCGACGGCGAAGAGAAUCCUGGAGUGAUAAUCGAUUAUCUAUGGAUACGCGAGAAGUCAAAAGGCGAAGGGAAAGCACAGGUGAUUUCCGUAGAGAUGAAUACGCUAAGGAUUGGAUGAAGGAUUCGGAAAGACGGCUGUCGAGUAGUGAUAAUGAUAACAUCUCUGAAACUCCAGAGGCAAGAGAAAAGCCGAUUUCAUUAAAGAUGUCAAAGUUGGUGAAAGAAGAAAGUUCAUCCACCCUCUUACCACAUGACGUAUUUUCACCUACACGAGAUCAUUAUCAACAUGCACGAGUUGAUUUCAAAGACCAACUUAGGGAAGAGAGGAGCAAGUAUCCUCAAGACCACGGUAGUUCCGUGAUUAGGGCUGAACUUAAUCCUAGAUAUAACUCGCAAGCAUCGGGCCGAGAAGCGCAGAGGCAAUCCCCACCUGCUCAACGUUCGCGUCCGACCUCGCCUGCGCAAUCACAAACGCAGUACUCGCGUCCAACUUCACCCGAACAGUCGCAAACGCAGCACUCGCAACCAACGACAUCUCCUAGAUCACCAAUACAGUAUUCGCGUCAAACUUCUCCAGCAUCAUCACAAAUUCAGCACUCACAUCCGACCUCCCCAGCACGACCAACCUCACCUGUGCAAUCACAAACGCAACACUCACAUCCAACCUCUCCCGCCAAAUUACAAAUUCAGCAUUCACGUUCGACGUCGCCUGCCAAAUCGCAGAACUCGCGUCCAACGUCACCUGUGCAGUCGCAAACGCAGCACUCGUGUCCAACCUCACCUGCGCAGUCGCAAACGCAGCACUCGCGUUCGACCUCACCUACAUCAUCGACCGAGCGAUCUUCUCAUUCCCGUCGUUCAACGAUAGAGUCAAUUUUGCUACAUAACGAGUUGCUACCAAAUGAAACUGAGAAAACUAUUCAGGCUGAUUCCGGAAAAUCUCCCGUUGGUCGAGAUGAAGAAUGUAUAUCCCCUUGUUCUGUCACAACCGCUCCGACGCCAAUAUCCGGUUCUCUUACGACUUCUACAGGCAUACAAAUUCAAAACGUACAACCACAACCGCCAGCAACACGACAACAGUCACUGUCGCCACCACCACCGUCACCACCACCGCUACAACCACAGCAACAACCUCAAGAACAACCACAACAGCAACAGCAAACGCAACCACAACCACCACAACCACAACUGCAACUGCAACCACCACAACAGCAACAGCAACAGCAGCAACAGCAACAACAACAACAACUACAACAACAACAACAACAACAACAACAACAACAACAGCAACAACAGCAAAAACAACAACGACGGCGACAACCACCACUACAACCACUACAACCACAACUACCACUACAGCCACAACAACCACAACAACCACAACAACCACAACAACCACAACAACCACAACAACCACAACAACCACCGCAACCGCUACAACCGCUACAACCGCUACAACAACUGCCGCAACAAUUGUCACAACAACUGCCACAACAGCUACAAGAGUUGCAGGCACAAAUAACUCCACCACUUCAGUCUCCGGUCCUUCGAUCUCCAAUAGUUGCGUCUCCAACGCCGCUUUCGUAUGAACAGCGAAUGCCGCAACCUUAUCCGCGUCCGAACGAAUACGAAGACUAUCGCUCGGGCACACAUAUUUUUGUGAACUACGCGAACAAUAACGGUCACAAUCAAAUGCGUGAUGUGAAUUCAAGUGCUAUGAAAAGAAGUUUAAGUGGUGGUGCAACUGCAGGACCACUGACAAGCAUGAGCUCGAGCUCAAGCGCAGUUUCUACUUCGCCUCCUAUUAUUCCGAUCUCUCAAUCCACCGAUUAUCAAACUGCCGUUCCUCGACAUUCCUCUUAUCCUCCAUCUUAUCCUCCAUCUUAUCCUCCAUCCUAUCCUCCAUCCUACUCUUAUCCUCCCUAUUCUUCUCGUCCGCCCAUUUCGCAUCCGACCAAUCCUUCCAACACGUCUCAAAGCAUUGCACACUCGUCGAAUUCAUUUUAUCCACAACUUACCGACUCUAACCCUCGACAAACGUCGAGUAAUACGCAUAAUCGGCCUUUUGUUGCAAAGAGAAGGUCUAAGGCAACCUUAGAUUUUAUUCUCAAUGAUCCGGAAGAGAGUGAAUACAAGAGGUCGAGGGUUUAA